CGUAACUUCAUUAUCAUUACCAUAGACUAGUUGCAAUAUAUUGUAUUCUAAUGAUUUAAGGCCCACUGAUUUGCGGUUGUCAUUUGCAGGGGAGGGCAGUUAAGUGAUCAAUUCACAACUACUAGAUUUGGGGGUUUGAUGGCGGGCAUAAUUAAAGGAGACGGAAUAAUUAAGUGGCACUAAGCUUCAAAAGGGCAGAAAGGGAUACGUGAUUGUGGGCUACUGAGACAGAGUGGAAAUUGAUUCUUUAGGUCUUAAGAGCUUGAUUAUUAUUGCCGAUUUAUUUAUCUCUGUUCCAAUCAAACUGGUCUCGUCGGGGAUCCCUAGCUAGUAGCUACCCUACUUAAAAAAAAAAAAAUGUGGCGCUUGGACCCUCUAAGAUGCUUAUAAUUAAGGGAAUGUGUAGAACUAGAUUGGUUUUCAUUUUGUUGGCUCACUCUCAAUUGGUAAUUCGUCGAGCUUUGAAGAAUGAUGUGCAACCUGAUUGGGGUGGAGCUGUGUUUGAGAAAAUUCGGCUGCUAAAGACCUCCUUUUCGUUUAUUUUGUCUGUGGCAAAACAAGUUCUUGCGUCGAUGAUCAACACUUGAUUGACUAUCACUUUUUACUUCCGAACAAUUUGUAACACUCUGUCUAUUUAUGAUCUGUCUAUGACAACAACAAAAGAAGUGUAGAACUAGAUAUUUAGUCGCACUAAUAUUAUUCCAACAUAAAGAUAAUAAUGUAGUCCAAUUAUAUUGAUGCAUAAUUAAGGAAGCCCAUGUGUAUUAUCGAGGAAUCUCAAUAUUCGUUUGAUAGACAUACAUAUACUUUUAAUGGAGUACCCCCCCCCCCCCCACCCAUUCAUACGUGUGUAGUGAACUAACGAUGUGCAAUGCGGUCAGAGUACUAGGAAACGAUAAAGUGAGGGCAUGUGCCGCAGUAGAAUUAAUUAUAGGAAGUUUCAUAAUGUAGAAGUACCAGGGUAAGUAAAAAUGUGUGUGUAUAACAAAAUGUAUCACUUGACAAACACCAAAUGUACCAACGACUACAUGAAAUCUAAAACUCUAUUUUGGUGGUUACCAUGAUUUGAAUGGCAACAAAAAUUGGGGGGGGGGGGGGGGGGGGGGGUUAUCACUCUCAUGGUUUAACAAGCCAUUUACAUGAGUUAUUUGGAAAUUGACCAUUUUGAAAGAUGAUGUACAAAAUUAGGCAUUUGGCAAUGAGAUAUUGAAUUAGCCAUUUGGCCAUGAGAUAUUGUGUGGGGAACACCACACAACAUCUCUAAAUGGCGCUCCUUUAAAUGUCACAAAUGAAUGGUUUUCGCAUUUUUCAAUGGCUAAUUAUAAUUUCUUUUUCAAGCCUAACGAUAUUUUUUUUGUCUAAAUGUCUCACUGGGAAAUAAGUGACCUAAAACACCUGGUAUAUGAAUUACACUCAGUUGAAUUGAUUUUAUCAUUGAUACUCUUGGUUAUGGACCUCAAACUAUAUAUAUGAGGGUGAUCAAGGAGAUAAGCCUGUCUGUUCAAAAAUAUAAUAAUAGUGAUGAAAGAGAAAAGUAUGCUAAAAGCUGGCUAUAAAUAAUACCCUCCUCUAGGGUUAGGGCUUUCAAUACUUCAUCAACACUAAAACUAAACACAUAAAAAAAAAAUCUAAACUUAUCUCUCUCCACUUCACCUUCCUCUUCCUUCUUCCUUCUACCACUUUCUUGCUUCUCUCCCCUAAAUCAAUCUAUUCCUUCUUACUAAUACCAAAUUUAGCAGCUAACCAUCUCUCAUCCGAUCAUGAGGAAGAGACAAGUCGUGAUUAGGAGGUCGUCGGCAGAGGCGCCGUCGUCGAGGAGCAGUAGCACUGCCGACGACAACAACUCGUCGUCGGUGUCUAGCUACACGGUGAGGAGCGUGAGGUACGGCGAGUGCCAGAAGAACCACGCGGCCAACGUCGGCGGGUACGCCGUCGACGGCUGCCGGGAGUUCAUGGCUAGCAAUGGUGAGGAAGGCACGACGGCGGCCCUGACGUGCGCCGCCUGUGGCUGCCACAGGAACUUCCACCGGAGGGAAGUCGACACGGAGGUUGUGCGUGAUUGUUCUUCCCCUACCUCUUGAGUUCAACAUGGUAUGGAUUCAAGCAGCUAUGUGAUGAUGAUCAGGUUAAUUUUCCAAUCUUCAUGACGGUUAGACAUCAAAUUUUCCUUAGAUCGUGAACUAGGAUUGGACAAGAUUUAUUCUUCAAAGUGUUUUCAAAGAUGGAGGUAUGUAUUUCUGUCUUCUCGAUAUUUGGUUUAGGUUAUUAUAUAUGUAUGUGCAUAUGUCGAGGGAAAAUUGGGAACGAGAUGACAAAAAGCUAUCAACCCUUUUUGCUCCUAAAUCAAAUUGAUAUGAUAAUCGUGAAUUUAUGUUGUUGGAAUUUUAUACUUUUAUCCUAGUCUAUAUUUUCAUUUUUGUCACUAUGAUGUAUCCUUACGAUUUGAGUUAUCAUGUUCAUCAAUUUUCAUGAUGGUGGUCAGGUGGUGUGGAUAUCAAAUUUUCCGUAAUUCGACCAUGAAUUGCUAGAUGAUGAGGAUUGUGUAAGAUCUAUAAUUAAUAUGAAAGAACUUUCACUUCAAUAUUCACAUAUAUAUCAUAAUCUCUUCGUCGUGGGGUUCCUCCUCUUCAUUAUACUCCAUUUAUGUUAUCACUAAGACCAACUGAUUUGGGAUGGUAUAUAUACCUGUUCAUGAUCAGUUCCUAGCUCCCCCCACAACUUGGGCAAUGGUUGUCGACAACAAGAAUAUUCCGAGGAAAGUGAUGAUGGGUUCGACAUAUGAAAUGGUACUCCGAUGUAGUUUCUUGUCAUUGCCUUGUAUUUUUGUGAUUCAUGAGUGGCUGCCCAACAUGGUUGUGUCGCUGUGUUUUGUUAGGUAAUUGAUCAAUUAAAGAAACAAUGGCAAAAUAACAGCUGGAAUUAUCAAGAACACAAUUAAAGUUGUGUAUCUUGAUUCAUCUAUCAUUAUGGUUUAGUCGAUAAGUGUUUGGUCCGGUCGAAAUUUAUCUUAUAUCAGCGAUCGGAUGCUAAUAACGGUGAAUUAAGCUAAGUAAGACCAGUUUCAUGUAAGCCAUUGAAUUAAUACCAAAACUUCCCAUCAAAUCAGUGGAAGAAAAGGGUGGAAAUUAGACAAUCUAUAGCACCCACAUCACCAAAUCAAGAACCCACCAGACGCUCCAAAGAAGUAGCUAGCCUAGCAAAGCUUGAAUUAAAGGUUGUGUGCAAGUGUCAACUAAACAUGACCAGCAGACAGAUAACGCACCCAUCCAUCUAAUCAUGUUGGUUGUUAUCAUGCUAAUCCUACUUAGCUCCACCCCUUGAUAUAUAUGUACACGCAUGUCUCAUGCCUAGGCAUGUCAUUUGAUCACAACCAUGCAUUUUGACUCUUGAUUUGCAGAAUACCUGGCUAGUUUCUUGCAUUAUGUUGUUCUUUUUGUCUUUUCGUUAUAUCCAUAAUAUAGAUUUUGUAUGAUUGUAUCGCAUAUGAUAACAAUACAUGACAUCCGUAUAUAUCACACUUCAUAGACAACUAGGUAUUGCAUUCUAACAUGUCAUGAAUUCUUAUGUAGUAUUUUGAAACUCAUGUGCACUCUAUAAUACAUACUUUUUCAAAUGGUCAACGCUGGGAUCUCUUUCAAUAUUAAGGUUCCUCAAAUUAAUGUUUAUUGAAGGGGAUCAGUCUAGGAGUAAAGUCAAAAAUCCAAAAAAAAAAAAGGAUUGUUAAUUUAACCGUGGCUAGAACGACUGUUUUAUUUGGAUAUUUUUCAAUGUGGCAUGUGAGUUGGUAGUGGUUGGGAGAAGGCGACAUUGGGUUAAGGAGAAUGGGAGUUUAAUUUGGCAGGGAAAGAAAGAAUGAAUGGGGAGUGGAGGGGGGGGGGGAAACAAAGCUUCUGGUAUACGUACGUUUUGGUAUUUGGGAAAUUGGGCAUCUGUCCAUUGUUUUUUCAACUAUUGGAAACCAUGCCUAUCAAACAGGGAAGAAGCUUUUUUGAUCGGUUGAUAUCAAUCCUCAAAAUAUCAAGGGGCAUCUAUUCCUUUGGCUGAAGGACUUAUCUAGCAUGAAUUGGCUAGGAUUAUACCAACUAAUGGAGAUUUUAAUUUUGUGACUCUUGUGUUUUCUUCAAAAGAACAGAUAUAUGAUCUAGAAACGAGCUUUGACAAAAAUAUAAAUAUAGAUAUGUGACCUUGUUCGGAUGAGUUUAACAUAUUGUGGUUUGCCUUCUUUAUGAUCUCUCUAGCUUAUUUUGCUUUAGAUGAUAGUAUUCAAUAUUCAUUGGUUUGACAUAUGAUUAUAUGAAGUCAAGGACAGUACUUCCAUCCUAUAAAUAUUGGAUUAACCCCUAUAAGUAGGGAUAGACAAUUUCGACCUGGCUCGUUUUAUCCGAUCUAUCUGACUUGUUUUGGGGCCGGGCGGGAAUAGGUUUUCUCAUCGACUCGACCUACCCUGACCCGCUCCAUUCUCGACCCGUUUUUGUCUAAAUUACAUUUAAUCUUAGUCAAAUUACUUAGUAUUUUCCUUUUAUUACAUCGUAUUUUAGUUGUAAUAAAGUUUAAAAUUAGUGAAAACCUCAAUCUCUCCAGUAAUUUAACUACAUUUAUCAUAAUAUGAUUUUAUUUUCCAUUUAUAAUGAAAAUAGCUAAUAUUUCUAAUAUUUUUCAUACUCAUUGUUUCAACCUGCCCCGACCAACGACACAUGAUAAAUAACUCGAACUAGA